GAGUGCAGAGCAGAUAGGCUGUUUGUUUGUCUCCUUAUUUUCAUCAUUCCCCCUCUGACCAUGCAGGAAAGGGAGAACAGGAGAGGAUAUCCGGAACAAUUUGUGCAAAAACAGCACUUGAAGCUGAAUGAUUUAAAAGAGAAAGCUCGUAAUCAAUACCUCAGAAAACAAAACAUCCCAGAAUACCCCCGACCAGAGUUCCAUGUGUCUCAUCUGAAACACGACACAGACAAAGAUGGACUGCGUGGCAUCUGGACGGAUAAUGGCUUCAAGAAUCAUCACCAAAGUUCUCUGGUGUGGUGGAUUCUGGCUGUGACACCUGAUGACAUGGAGUCAGCUGAGAGGAGGCUCCUGGAGAAAACCUACCCCGACCGCACAGAGGAGCAGACCCAGAUGCAGCAGAGCUUCCUGGAGAAGUUUGCCACUUCUCCUGCCUUCAAGAAGACCUCCAGGCUGGGCUCGUUCCGCUUCACCUUCCCCCUGAAGGAGGUGCUGGAUGCUUACAGCCAGCAGUUUUGCUCCGGUGCUCAGCCCAUCAUGCGGGUGUCUGAAACCAUCCUGUACAAACAGGAAGUGAUGUACACUGUGCUGGUCCACAGCCCAGCCAAUCAGGAGUUCGCAGACUAUCCUUUGUUGACUGACGACCCAGACGCUGUCUGUGCUUAUAGAGAUGGCCUCUUCAUCUGGAGGCCUGAGGCCAUGAGUGAGACACACAGCUAUGAGCUGAUCCGGAGACCUGGUGAAAAGCAGAUGGAAGCACAGAAAGUGGCUUACCCUCAGUUUUAUGUUUGGGAUAAUGUUGCCAUCGCCCUGCACGUGGAGGAACAGGUGCUGAAAUUUGAUUCUGGCCGACUGAGAGAGAACCUCAAGCUCUGCAGUGCAGGAAAGGUUAAAAUUACACCUCGUUACAACUUUCUCAGCUUCCAAGACGCUAAAGAAUUUGUGGAGGAGUUGUGGCCUGAAGAUACAGAAGAUAGAAGCUGUAUAGAAGAUACAGAACCAAAUUCAGAGAAUGAAUGAAUGAAUUUUAUUUUGGUUACAUACAUCUUGAGAAACAAAGAUUAUUCCACACAAAUUUUCUCAGUCAAUAACCAAAAAGGAACAGGCUGAAGCCCCAGACUUAUUUUUGCCUCUCCAAUAACAACCAGAGGAAACCCCAGAAUAUCAACAACACCAAAGAAAGGAAAUAAAUUAAUUAUAAAUACAUUAUACUCUGAAUUAUCAACCUCAAUUAUUUUACAUUUUAAUCAUUUUAUAUGUUAAGGCUUUUUUUUAAGCACUGAGUCUAGUCCGAAACUUGACUCCCAAAACUGAAACACAUCUGUAUUUUACAUUGGUUCCCACUUUACAUGUUUCAUAAAGAAACAACCCUCUUAAAUUAUAAUCUCCUUCUCUUAAUCUAAAAAAAUAUUGCAGACAAACAGGAAGUUUCUCUUGGCAACAUGAAAAAGUAUUUCCAAUAUUUUUAAAUACACAAAUGUCUGGAAACUGGAGGAGCUCUUUUCUGACAUUUAACUAUGGGGUCUACAUUAAUAUUUGUUUUAUAUGCAUUUUCUCAAAUUUCAGCAUAGGUCAAUAUAUACAAACUUUUCUUAUUCAACAACUCUCAGCAGCAGCAAUGGAUUUAGAUAAUUUCUGUUUAAUAUGUUCUAUGUGUGGUUUCCAACAUGGUUUAUGAUCUAAAAUCACUCUAUAUCAUAUAUAUGUACUCUAUAAUCACACAAAAUUUUGUUUGAUGUACUCUUUCAAUUCAAUCAUUUAAAUUCAAUUUUAUUUCACAAUUAGUCCUGAUACCCCCGAACACCAUGAAUUUAGUUUUAUAUUUUCAACUUGAUCAAUUCCCUUUCUUCUGUUUUUAAUAUCUCUUUCAUGUCCUCACCUGGACAAAAUAAAUUUUUUUCAUCAGCAAAUGUUACAGAUUUCAACAUAUUAGAUACCGUACAAAUAUCAUUUAAAUAAAGUAUAGAUAACUUAGGUUCUAGUACUGAACCUUGUGGAACACCACAGGUUUCUCAUCUAAGAUAGUUUUAAUUUCACAUACUGAAACCUAUUAUUUAAAUAACUAUUUAACCAAAGUUGUGUGAAACCUCUUAAACCAUAGUGUUCACAUGGUAUAAGAAGUAGGGAAUGAUUGAUUGUGUCAAAUGCUUAAUGUAAAUCAAUAAAUACACUAUAACUCAUAUUUCUCAACAAAGUCCUGAAGUCUGUUUUUAGUAUUUCAUAAAAUUGAAGUAGCAACAAUGACACAGGUCUUUAAUUUGAUAAUUUGAUACAAUAUGCUUGUCACUAUUUUUAUAGAUUGGAACCACUUUAGCCUUUUUCAUUUUAUCAGGAAAAAUACUUGUAGGAAAAGAUUUUUUUUACAUAUUUAAGUAAAUGGUUUGAUGACACAUUCAAUUGCUUCUUUUAUAAGUGACAUGUCAAUAGUGUUGUCAUCCGUAGACUUUUUUCCUUAAACUUUCUGACCACUUGUAGCACAUCACUUCCACAAACUCCACCAAGGAACAUUUAAUUACUGUUAUCAAAGGCAAGAUCAACAUAAUUAUCUUUUUUUAUACCAUCAGAAACAUGUUUCACAUUUCUGCCAUGUAAACAUAUACCAUGUACCAGAAGCCAAGUUUACACCAUCAAAAACAAGUUUAUACCAUCAGAAACCAAAUUAAUGGUUUUAGCUGGACUUGUAUUUUAAUUUUAAUUUGUGAAGUAAUGAAUAGGGUUGAGAGGAAUUCUUGGCUGCAUACAUCAGGUAACACAGGUGUCACAGGAGAAGAUGAGGCUGAUGUAGAGCAGAGUCUUAAAAGGUAAAUGGUCAUAACGUGUUGGCCUAAUCUUUACGACUGUGUACUUUGUCCAGGAGAACACCUGUUGUAAUAUAAUCAGCCUAUUAAAUGGCAGGUAUUAGUUUUUAUCACCACCAUUACCAGUAGAAUUUGUUCAGUUUUAACAGUGAUUCAGUGCCAGGUACAAUAUGUGAUUUUCUGUGCCCUCAGUUUGGAUUUGUGUUGGUAUGUUUGCUCAGUGCUCUGUACUUUGUCCUGUGGUGGUGCUUCACAAUGCUACUUUUAAUAAACUCUGUGGUGUCAGGUCA